AUGGGAGCCUGGAAGCCGUUCUGUGACACCGCCACCUCAUCCGGGAUUGGCCAGUCCCAGGACAAUAACUCAGGACAGGUCAUCCUCUUUCCCUCUGCUCCUCUGACCCUCUUCAGGCCAUCCUCUUUCCCUCUGCUCCUCUGUCCCUCUUCAGGUCAUCCUCUUUCCCUCUGCUCCUCUGACCCUCUUCAGGUCCUCCUCUUUCCCUCUGCUCCUCUUCAGGUCAUCCUCUUUCCCUCUGCUCCUCUGACCCUCUUCAGGUCCUCCUCUUUCCCUCUGCUCCUCUUCAGGUCCUCCUCUUUCCCUCUGCUCCUCUUCAGGUCAUCCUCUUUCCCUCUGCUCCUCUUCAGGUCAUCCUCUUUCCCUCUGCUCCUCUUCAGGUCAUCCUCUUUCCCUCUGCUCCUCUGUCCCUCUUCAGGUCAUCCUCUUUCCCUCUGCUCCUCUGACCCUCUUCAGGUCCUCCUCUUUCCCUCUGCUCCUCUUCAGGUCAUCCUCUUUCCCUCUGCUCCUCUGACCCUCUUCAGGUCCUCCUCUUUCCCUCUGCUCCUCUUCAGGUCCUCCUCUUUCCCUCUGCUCCUCUUCAGGUCCUCCUCUUUCCCUCUGCUCCUCUUCAGGUCCUCCUCUUUCCCUCUGCUCCUCUUCAGGUCCUCCUCUUUCCCUCUGCUCCUCUUCAGGUCCUCCUCUUUCCCUCUGCUCCUCUUCAGGUCCUCCUCUUUCAGCUUUGUAUUUAGUUCUUUAUGUUAUGCUGUUUUUCUUCUCCAUUCACCUGUUCUGAAUGCGUUCCUGUCUUCUGAGCUCCUGUGAAAAACUGCUUUCAUAUUUCAGUAGUCUAGUCAGAAUAUUCCCUCUCAUGUUCUAUGUCCCUUGCUUUCAUCUUUCAGUAGUCUAGUCAGAAUAUUCCCUCUCCUCAUGUUCUAUGUCCCUUGCUUUCAUCUUUCAGUAGUCUAGUCAGAAUAUUCCCUCUUCUCAUGUUCUAUGUCCCUUGCUUUCAUCUUUCGGUAGUCUAGUCAGAAUAUUCCCUCUCCUCAUGUUCUAUGUCCCUUGCUUUCAUCUUUCAGUAGUCUAGUCAGAAUAUUCCCUCUCAUGUUCUAUGUCCCUUGCUUUCAUCUUUCAGUAGUCUAGUCAGAAUAUUCCCUCUCCUCAUGUUCUAUGUCCCUUGCUUUCAUCUUUCAGUAGUCUAGUCAGAAUAUUCCCUCUCCUCAUGUUCUAUGUCCCUUGCUUUCAUCUUUCGGUAGUCUAGUCAGAAUAUUCCCUCUCCUCAUGUUCUAUGUCCCUUGCUUUCAUCUUUCAGUAGUCUAGUCAGAAUAUUCCCUCUCAUGUUCUAUGUCCCUUGCUUUCAUCUUUCAGUAGUCUAGUCAGAAUAUUCCCUCUCCUCAUGUUCUAUGUCCCUUGCUUUCAUCUUUCAGUAGUCUAGUCAGAAUAUUCCCUCUCCUCAUGUUCUAUGUCCCUUGCUUUCAUCUUUCAGUAGUCUAGUCAGAAUAUUCCCUCUCCUCAUGUUCUAUGCCCCUUGCUUUCAUCUUUCAGUAGUCUAGUCAGAAUAUUCCCUCUCCUCAUGUUCUAUGUCCCUUGCUUUCAUCUUUCAGUAGUCUAGUCAGAAUAUUCCCUCAUGUUCUAUGUCCCUUGAUUUCAUCUUUCAGUAGUCGAGUCAGAAUAUUCCCUCAUGUUCUAUGCCCCUUGCUUUAAUUUUUCUCUUGUACCUGCUGUCUGUCACCUCUUAUUCCUGUGUGCUUUUCUCUUACUAGAACUUAUUUUCCUUCAUUAUGAAUUUACACAGAAGAGAUUAAUCUUGUAGAAUUUUCUCUCCACGACAUGGUAAUGAGGAUUUCUAUUCUGUGGCUUGUAGCUUUAGUGCUUGUUGCUUCUUCAGCCUACUCAAUUUCCUCAUUAUUUUUAAUGCCUUUUCCCAACUGCUCUCUGGUCAUACUGUGAGCCAUUCUUUUGACAUUGAAUAUUGUGCCAAUCCCUAGAAACAGUGCAAUCAUGUUGAUCAGUGACAUGAUAGCCAGAAUUUCAGGACUUUGACGUCAAUCUAUCAACUCACUGAACUGUCCCUGUAAUAUGAUUGAUUGUCCAUUGCUGUCUCUCAGUUCAGAUUUUUAUUAAAAUAAUAAAUGCCUUUAACAAUG